CCCAGGCCAGUACCCGGCCUCUGAGCUCGGCCUGCCCGUCGCUCCGCCCCCUGGGAGAGCCGGCGCCACCAUGGAGGAGUACCACCGCCCCUGCGAUGAGAUUGGCUUCAAUGCGGAUGAAGCCCACAAUAUUGUUAAAGAGUGUAUAGAUGGGGUCUUGGGAGGUGAAGAUUAUAAUCAGAAUAACAUCAACCAAUGGACCGCAAGCAUAGUGGAACAAUCCUUAACACAUCUGGUUAAGCUGGGAAAAGCUUAUAAAUAUAUUGUGACCUGUGCAGUGGUCCAGAGGAGUGCAUAUGGCUUUCACACAGCCAGCUCAUGUUUUUGGGACACCACAUCUGACGGCACCUGUACUGUAAGAUGGGAGAACCGAACCAUGAACUGUAUCGUCAAUGUCUUUGCCAUUGCUAUUGUCCUGUAACAGGCAAAAAAAUGUUUGGCCAAAGCCAUUAACUUAAGAAUUUGUCAGUGUAUCCUUUCUAAAAAGAGUAACAGUUACUUAUUCAUGUGCUAGAUGACAAGUGCAAUAUGCUUCAGAAGUAUCAACAAAACCCGAAUAGUGCAAGCAAGCAAUCUCAUAGGAAGCUGGCGGGUUAUUUCAUAGUCUACACAGCAUCGUUUAAAUAGGAAAACCUUAAUGUUAGCAAAAAAAACCCCAGAAAUAUGGCAUGCCGUGAAAAUACAAUCUUACAUUUACACCAGCUUUUCACUAACAGUAUGUACCUAAGGAGAUGGGGGAAAUCCAUUCAGAUAAUUAAAUUCUCUUUCAACUCAAAAAGAUCACAGGGAUAAAUACAUGAACAGAAAAGCUGCAAAGAUAAAUGUGGAGAAAGUGCUAAGCAUUAGUUAACACUUCUCAGUUUUUUAUUUCUUCUCCUCAGUUGCACAUGCAGAUUCAGUGGAAAGUAAUUCGGUUCUUUUGUUUUUUCCCUCUCAACAGAUAUUACAGUGGCAACAAUUAUUGUUUACUUUUUCUGAGAAUCGUUCAGUCGGUUUUUCAAAUUUCAAAUUCUUGGAUUUACAUUUGAGGGCAAAUUAAAUCUGGUAACCUGAAUUUCCUAGGUAAACAAAAUUAGUUACAGUAUAUGAUGAAAAGUAUAUGACUGUAACAGCUGCCUUACAGUUCAUUCCAUGUGGAACAAGCAUUUAUUGAAUGUCUGUUAUGAGCAAUUGCUCUGCUAAUUUUAGUUAUCAAUAUGCUAUUCAAAUUGUGAGUUUCUUCUGGUACCUGUUCGGUGGACAACUAACAUUUAUAUUUGGGAAAGACAGAAAAAAAAGAGUUGUUUUACAGGAGAGGAAAAAAGUGAAUCUGGUUAUCCAGGUAGAAGUAAGCAAAUGAAAAGCAUUUACUGCUGACAGAGAAUGGUAGAUAGAAGUUUAAGAAUUGCUCUUAGCACGCAAAAAAAAAUGCACAACAUAUGCAAUUCUUAGUUAAAGGCCUUAUUAGCAGUCUAAUAUACAAGUAGUUAAGUUUUGUCAUUGCUUUAGUUACAGUCAUCUGUAAAUAAUUUUAAAUACUUACUAUGCGGGGUUCAAAUUGAAACAAAGUGUAAAUUACAAGUAUACAAUCAUUAGCAGGUUAUUGACUAUCUCAGGGCUUAUGAAAUAUAGUUAAAUUCAUUAAGACAAUAAAAAAUUUAAAAAUUAGGGUACACAGCUGGCCACCAAAUGCGAAGUCAAUCUGCUAUUUAACCUUGAAAACAAAAUCAGUUUUGUCUAUCACCGCUAACACUAAUACACAGAGGGAGUGGAACCAAGCUUCAUUGAAUUCUGGAGGGAAAGAAAGGCUUAGUAUUGACAAUGUUAAGAUGGUAUUCUUGUAGGCCUAUUAUGUGCAUGUUUGAUAUUUUGCUGAGUAACCAUAAGUGUUCAGUGUUUAAGAAGAAGAUUAAGAAAAUACAAGCAUAGAGUUUAAUGCAGUGAUCUCUGUUUUGGGCACGUCAAAUUUUCAGGCAUUACCUGUAUGUUACUUUACGCUACUGGCUUUUGUGCCCUUAAAGAUGGUAAUAGUGACCAAAUUAUCUGUGCAGUUAAGACUCGCUUUUGAUUAUUGCUAUUGAAGUCUGAUUUUAAAAGAAUGAUAAUCAAAAUACCUCGUGAACUUGCUCUCUGCUCCGUUUCUAGUUAAAAUCUAAUAAAGAUUAUCUUUCUGCACUGCA